AUGGAUUAGAAGAAAAUUGAUACUCUGAUUUCGGAAGCCUUGACCAAUCCAGACCCUGAUAUUCAAUAUAUGCGAGCUGAAGAACUCACAAAUGAGUUGACAACAUACUAUGGAAAACCAGAACAAGGGAUGGAAGAUGAAAGGAAUCAAAAAUUAAUUAAUAAUUGCUAUAAAGUACUUUAUUAGCAUUUAUCAUCUCAAUAUAGAGAAAUUUAAGGUAUUUGAAUCGAAUUAUUUAUAAUAGGAAAUGCCAUUAGAUAAUUUUAAAGAUUGGCUCCUUUGAUGAGAUCAAAGGAGGUAUCAUAUAUUUCUCUAGAAUUAUUGAAGUCAUCUGUGGAAGGAAUGAGUGAUGUAAGAGAAAAUUAUCACAUUUGCCUUCAAGAAAUAGUAGAAAAGAUUUCAAGUCAAGUUUUCAGCUUAGAGGAGGUUUAAGAAACAAUUAUACAAAGUAAGUCUUAUUAUAGAUAAUAGAAUUGGGUGAAUUGAAAGUGAAUGUUAAGAAGUUGUAGGUUUCAAAUUAAAUAGUCCAUCAAGAAAUCUAGAAAAAUGUUGAAAUACAAGCUGAACUCCUUAAGAUUUUAAGUUUAAUAAUGUCAAGAUGGCCCAAAUUGUAUUAUAAGGACUUUGGAGAUUUAUUAUUGGAUAAUAUCACAAACUCAAAUGAAUUGUCAAUAAGAAAAAAUUCAUGCGUAUGUCUAGGCCAUUUGGGAGCAUGCCUAAACCAAGAAAGUCUAAAUCAUUUAAUCCAAUAAAGUAUACAAUCAUAAUAUAUGCAAUUAUAGAGAUACUUCCAUUUACCAAAGAAUUAAAAUUUGAUUAACAAAAUUUCACUAAAAUUCUUUACUUAAAUUAAAGUUUGAAUUAUUUAGCAAAGAGUUCUGGAAAAUAUUUUGAUAAGGCUUUGGUGGAAUAGAUCUUUUAUAGAUACUUUUAGACCCAAAAUGAACAUAGCAAAAUAGAUUUAGACAAUAUUAAUUAAUAUGCUGAGAUUUUAGAAAUUUAAUUGCUUACAAUAAAUUAUUUACUAACAAAUUAUUAUGCACGUUCAUUUGAUCUCUAAUUAAUUGAGUAAAUAACACCUUUGAUUGAUUUUGAUCCAUUAGGAGUAGCAACAAUUGAAGAAGAGAAUGCAUAUGAAGAUGAAUACUAUGCUGAUGAAAGUAAAUUUGUUUAAUAAAUUCAUUAGCUUCUGAUUCAACAUGGAGAGUACGAAGAUGUGCAUUAUAUACAUUCUAAGAGUUGUUGAAGGUUCAACCAUAACUAUAUAAACUAAUUCUGUCAGCCUUAUUUGGUCCAAAUCAGAUCAUCAUGAAAAGGAUGAAUGAAAAAAAUGCAGAAAUAAAAUUAUCUAUCAUUUAAUUUUUGAUUGGCUUAGUUUAAGCAUCUGCCAUUAUAAAAGAGGAUAUAAAUAUAAUGGAAGUUGAAUAACUAUCUUUGAUCAAGCAAAGGUCUAUUCCAGCCUCUAUCUCACUUAUUGAACUGGUAGAAUAGCUAUUGGAAUAAAUUUAAUCGAUCUUUUAAGACUCUUAAGAACAAUAAUCUUUAAAAUCAGAAACCACAAAAUUAUUAUUAGCUAUUGGGCAAUAUUUCCACUCCCAAAUUUAGACAUCACAUUCAUGUUUUUCAAAAAUUGUUGAAAUUAUCCAUUAAUCAAUUGCUGGUUCUUCUAUGCAUUAUUCUAAUGAAUAAAAAGUAAUUCUAUAGAUAUUUCUAUUAUUAGCUUGCUUCUAUUUUAGCCAUGAAAACUAUACUUAAAAUUACAGAGCCAGCAGAAUUUUAAAUUUAAAUUUUGCAGCAAAUGGUCUUGAUACUUCUUGAAGCCGUCAAUUAAAAGUAUAUCAGAAUUCAGGUUGAAGGAUAUAAUACCUUAGAAAAGUUAAUUGAAGUGUUCAAAUUGAACUUUGAGGAGGUAACAUUUUCAUAGUCUUUGACAUAAAUCAAAUAAAAUCUGAUCACAAAAAUAUAGAUAGAUAAUUUAGAUUAGGAGAUCAAAUAAAGUUUAUUUUCACUUGCAGCCACUCUCUUCAAACACUUUGAAUCAAUAUUUUUAAAACCAGAAGUUGAAUAAUUAGCUUCAAUCUCUUUGGUCAGAUUGUAAAUUGAAGCCCUAACCAACAAUAUCAUAAAUCUUGUCUAAUAUUUCAAAAAUCUUAAUGAACCUAAAGUAUUAAUUUCAAAUAUUGCUAAUUAACUUUAGAAAAAUGAUAAAGCUUAAACAUACAUAACUUUAAUUCACUUAAUCUAAAACAAUAAAGUUGAUCAAUAGUUAGCAGUUGAUAUCCUAAACAAAUUCAAAUAGAUAACAAUAGAAAACUUUGAUUUAUAAAUUUAGACUUUACAAGUAUUGAUUAAAGUAACGGGCAUCAAAUUACCUGAAUAGCUAAUAAGGGAGUCAGUUAAAAUUGGAUUGUACCAAACAAAAAUAAAGAGUGAAAUUGAAGAUUACUUCCAUCUAAUAAAUUAACCUUAAAUAAUUGAAUAGGAAGUUUCCAGACAAUUAGGAAAGGAAGAAUUAUACCCGGCUGGAUAGAUAUAUUGCUAGAUAUUAAAAAACAGUCCAGGCUCACUCAGUUCUUUAUAUUCUACAAUAGGCACUAACAGAUAGUUAAAAUUAUCAACCUUAAGAUUUUUGCAUAAAUAUUAAAAAGACUAAAAAGCAAUUGAGAUUUUAUGCAAAUUAAUCAAGGAUAAUUAGGACUCUGAUUUAGCUGCCAUCGUAAUUGGAUCAGCUAUUUCCGAUAUUCAGUAAAUAUAAAAUUUGAUUGAAUAAAAUCCUAAUUAAUAUUAGUUUUAUCAAGCAUUAAAGGAAUUCACAGAAAUCAAUUCUAUUUCUAAUCCUGCAGAUAUUGCUAAUUAUAUUUUGAAAUAGGUUAAUGGAAAAGAUAAAACAAUAUCCACCAUAUGUGGUGACAUUUUGGGUGGAUUAGUAAAGUAGAAUUACAAAUCUUUAGAACAAAUUUUGUUAGAGGGUCUUAAGAGUCCUUCCUAAAAUGUUAGAUUUACUUGCAUUUAAAGUCUAAAGUAUUCCAAUCAAUGGGCCAGUAAAUCUUAAAUCCUAUUUGAGAUGUUGUAAAACGAAAAGGAAAUUCCAAUUCUAACUGGAAUCAUCAAAGCACUUACCUAAAACAUAUAACAUAUUAAAUUAGUCAAUUUAACUUAAUAUUUAACAUUCACUUUAAGGAGAUAUGAGGAAAAAGAAUUAAAUUUUGGUAAUUUUGUUGAAAAAAGGGAUGAUGCUAAGGAUCUAAGAUCUCUGUCCUUUGAUUUAUUAGAAUUAUUCAUAGAUAAAUACAAUCUAGAAAUUAAACCAAUUUUAGUAGAAGUCUUUGAUAAGUUUGGUAAGAGUUUCUUAAUAUUUUAUAGUUGAGGAUAAAUAUGAUGAAACUAGAAUACCCAGGUUAAGAAUAAUCUAGAAGAUUGUUAGAAAAGAUCCUGUGAUAUUGGGUCCAUAUUAUGAAAUUUUAAUCAAAACAUUUGAACCUAUUCUUAAGACAUUGAUAUAAAAUUUACAAAAAUAGGAUCAAGUAAAUUAUAUUAAAAUAAUUCAAGAAUUUGGAUAAGGAAAAAGAAAAAGUCAGAUUAAUAGUCUAGGUACUAUAAGGAUUAAGGUAAAAUUCCAAAGAAGUCGAUGAAAUUUACAGAAAAUACGUAACUAAAUAAAUUUAAGAAUUUGUAUGCUAAUGAGAUUGAAAAUUUUAUUACAAAAAAAACCAGUCA